AUGGACACCGCUCCAUCGAUACAGAGAUGCGCGCGGUCUCUGCUUUCCCAAUCCUCAAGACGCAUCCUCACCUCGACGUCUACCUCUACCUCUACCUCUACCAUCCCAUCUCUACGACUACCACUACGCCCACGAAACACAGCAUUCGCAGCAACCCGCCAAUUCUCGUCAUCCUCGAGCCGCAGACAGGGCAGUGACGCUCCAUCUCCAUCUCCAUCUCCGGCUCCUUCCAAGCCCGCAGCUCAAGCAAGCACGCCAACGCCGCCACAACGGCCGUCGAUCAAAGACCUGCUCCGCGACCUCCGAGCGCGCGAGGAGCCCCGGAGCGACCAAAGUGUGAGCGAGCGCAUGGACGCCCUGAUGGGCACUAAGAGAGGAGGAGGUGGUGGACGAGCGAAUUUCAGCGACAUCAUGGGCCGCGGCACUGCAGCUGCGGGAAGAGGAAUCGACCAGAACAAAAUGCUAGACGAGCUGAGCCAGGAGCUGCACGAGACGUCGUCGAUCUCGCUGCGCCUGAAACCCUCGCUGGGGAGGACGAUCGAUGGCCUCAACGGCGACCCUUCCAAGGGGUUUCGGCUUCUGGAGCGCAAAUGCUCCGAUAACAGGAUCAAGCAGGAUGCGAGGAAACAGUUGUUUCAUGUCCGGAGGGGCCAGGCUAGAAAGGACAUCAGGCGCGUCAGGUGGAGGAAAUUGUUUCUGGAGGGGUUCAUUGCUGAGUGUGGGAGAGUUCGGCGAAUGAGGAAGCAGGGCUGGUAG